AUGUUAGGAGCACAGGCAUUAAGAACUAAACAAAAAAUUGAACAAAAAGAAAGAGAAAGAAAGAAGAAAGAAAAAUUAAAGCAACAAGAAAUCAUUAAUGAUCCAUACUCAAGAAGAAGUAGCAUAGAAAUGCAUAACCAACUAUUAGAUAGAUUACAGGAAAAAGAAGGUAAUAAAUAUAAUGGAGGAAGAAGAAAAAGUCAUAGUGAUGAUAAUACUGGAAUAGGGCUAAUUAUUAAUUGUGAUGAAAGGAAAAAAUCAUUAAUUAUUAAAACAGUACCAGAAUAUUUUCCACAUAAUAUUGCUGGAAGUAAUGUACAUGUUAGAAGAAUGUCUAUCAAUCCCACUACUCCAGGAAGUGGUUAUGCCAAUAAUAGCAGAUCAAACAGUUCAACACCAGUAAGAGGUAGUUAUGGAAGAAUUGGUAGAGCAUACUCUAUGGCAGCUCAUGACUACAAAGAUGAUGAUAAUAUUAAAUUUACAGGAGUCCAUUCUGGAAGUUUUGAUGCUGGAAUUGAAAGAUGUUCUUUUGAAUUACAUAAAAAUAGUAUUGACAAAGAACAUGAAAAAAAUAAAGAUAAUGAUAAAAAAUUUAACCGUAAAGGUUCUAGAGCAUCUCUUGUAGGAAAAAGAAUUUUAAAAUUUUUUGGUUUAUCUAGUUUGGAAAGUGAGAAAGAAAAAGAAAAUGAUAAAAAUGACAAAGGAAAUGCUUGA